AUCUAAUCCGUUCUAUAGUAUCUAUGAAUACAGCUGUGAAGUUGUGGUGUGUGUGAUAUGUUAUUGUUUGUAAAAGCGGAUUAAGGUUUCUUGCGUUAGCUGUGAUAAAUCUAGAUAUGCUGCCCCAUCUUGUAACAGGUUAUCAGUUGGCGUAACGUAUUGUUGUGCAUUGCGAUUAAAUACAGUGUAAUGAAAUUUGUGCUAGGCGUAACUAAUCCCAAAUGUGGCCUGCUGAAGACCUCAUGGGCUGAAAUAACUGCGGCUUACUCAAGAAGGGUGUUAACGACGGCGAGAACUUCAAUCUCCUACACAUAUGCAGACAGACUCCCGUACCAUCACUGGUCGUACGUGAAUGGAUGCCCUCGGAAAAUAGAACCAUGUACUUACGCCAAUUUCCCUGUUUGGAAUGGGAGACAUUACACCACUGGCCCCGACAAGAACGCGAAAGAAACAGGUGCCCCAGAGUUAGCUGAAGAGGAAAAGAAACUCUCGAUAUUCCAGAAAUUUAAAGUAAUGUACAAGAAGUAUUGGUAUGUUUUAGUACCAGUGCAUCUUGUAACGUCCAUUGGCUGGUUUGGUGGAUUUUACUAUUUAGCAAAAAGUGGUGUUGAUGUUGUAUCUCUCCUGGAAAGCUGGAAUUUCAGCGAAGUAAUCAUUAAGCCUCUGCGAGACUCUAGUGCGGGAUAUGUUGCUGUAGCUUAUGCACUAUAUAAAAUAGCCACUCCAGUGAGAUAUACUGUCACAUUAGGUGGAACUACUGUGUCCAUAAAUUAUCUUACAAAAUGGGGUCUCAUAAAGCCAAUUCCUCCAAAGGAAAAGUUGAAAGAGAUGUAUGAAGAGAGAAAAGAAAAUCUAAAAGAGAGGAGACACCAACUUAAGGAAAAAGGAGAAGCUUUUAUGCGUGAGUUCAGGGAUCGAAGUAAUUUCCAACAACAUAAUUCUAGAUCACUGCAUCUCAAAGAAAUCUACAAAGCUGAGAAGUAAAAGAAACCCAGAAAAUUACAAAUAGAGCAAAUAAAGUGACUUCUAGAACAAGUAUUAUCACUUCGGCAACACAAUCUAGGGGGGAAAAUUGCAAAAUGUAGUGCCUACUGUAAUAGCAUUUCACAACUAAAAUCCAAUGUAACUGAAAAAAUAAAGCAAUUUACAUACCAAA